GCUUGUGUGUGUAGAUUGCUGAGUUCUGCUCAGGGAAGGAGACAGUUACGCACAAAAAAAGGCACCGAGUUUCUUCACGUGAACCCGUUAAGAGAUUAUGUGUGAACUUGAGGCUCUGAGAAUAAACCAAAAGCUUGAAGGUGGAAUUUUUCUAUGUUAAGAGGCCUGUAGACAUCAUUGUUUAAGAAGAAUGGCUUUACUGUACGAAUCAAUCUACGGUGACAUAAUCACAUUCGCCAUAGUCUUUUUGGGCGCUGUCUACUGGUGGUUGUCUUCCAAAUACACUUACUGGAGCGACAGAGGGGUUCCCGGACCGAAACCAAGUGUUAUUUUCUGGAACGCCAAGGAUAUUGUUUUGAGGAAGAAAAUCCGGGCGGAGGUGUACCAGGAGGUGUACAACGAGCUGGGCGGGAACGCGUUCGGCGGCGUGUACUUCUUCUCCCAGCCGGCGGUCCUGCUGAAGGACCCGGAGCUGAUAAAGGCGUGCAUGGUGAAGGACUUCACCCACUUCCAGGACCGGGAGACGAGCGUCUCCGGCGGCAGGAGCAUGGGCUUCAUGGGCUACACCCUGCUGGCGUUGCGCGGCUCCAGCUGGAAGAACCUCCGCUCCAAGCUCACGCCGACCUUCAGCUCGGGCCAGCUGAAAGCCAUGAUCUCCACGAUGGCGGCGCGCGCCGGCGAGCUGACGGCCUGCAUGCCAACCCUCGUCGACGCCGACGGCUGCGCCGACGUGAAGGAGGUCUCCGCCAGGUUCACCACGGACGUGGUUGGCUCGUGCGUCUUCGGGCUGCAGUCGGACGCCAUCUCCAACCCCGACUCGGCCUUCAGGAAGAUGGGCGUGCAGUUGUUCUCCCCGUCGGCGAGCCUGUUUCUUAGCUCCGUGCUGCUGCAGCACCUCCCGCGCUUCCUUCAGAAAUUACUCGUUUUUUUCAAAAGGAAAGGAAAUUCCGAGUACUUCCUGAGACUGAUAGCUGACACCGUCAAGGAGCGCGAAGAAAAAGGUAUAGUUAGAAACGACUUCUUGCAGUUGCUCCUCGACAUAAGAAACAAAGAAAAAUCUGAGAAAGCAGCUGUAUCUGAUGGUUUCAAGCAGUCAUCGGAAACAUCGAAUGGGACUAACCAUGGUGAAGGAGGAAACGAAAAUGAGUCGGACAAUAUAGAAUUCGACGACCGUGUAAUGGCUGCACAGUGUAUAGUAUUCUUCGUAGCAGGAUUUGAAACCACUUCUACUACAAUGAGCUAUUGUCUAUACGAACUGGCCUCCAACCAGGGUAUCCAAGAAAAAUUGAAACAAGAGAUAGACACUGUUUUAGGGCGACACAAUGGCCUCCUGACUUAUGAUGCCUUGAAGGACAUGAAAUACCUGGAUCAAGUGAUUGAUGAAACUUUAAGAAAACAUCCACCAGCAGGAUCUGUGAGUAGACGUUGUAACAAGCCGUAUGUCAUUCCGGGAACUAAAGUCCUCAUCGAAGAAGGCAUGAUCGUGCAUGUUCCAAUAUAUGCGCUUCACCACGAUCCUAAAUAUUACCCACAGCCUGAAAAAUUCGAUCCGGAGAGAUUUUCUGAAGAGAAUAAAAGCAAGAGGCAUCAUUUCACUUAUCUGCCCUUUGGAGAUGGUCCGAGAAUGUGUAUAGGCAUGAGGUUUGCCCUGCUGCAGGCGAAGGUCGGUCUGGCGGCGCUUGUGUCCAAGUUCAGGUUCACGCCUUGCCCCAAGACCCCCUCGCCACUGUGCUUCGACGUCAACUCACCGGUGGCAUCCGUGAAGGGCCCACUCAGGCUCCAGAUAACAAAGAGAAUGGCAAAAUGAGCAAACACAAGAAAUCUCUCUGUUUGCAUUCAAAAUACAUUUAAGUUUGAAAACUAUAUUCUUGUGUAUCAAUCUUUAAAAAACUAUGUAUUUAUUUUUUAAAAAUUCUAGUAAUUGUAACCAGACAUUUUCUUAAAAUAAUUUUGUAAAGUUUACUAAAUGUAUAAUUGAAGUUAUUAAAAUAUAACCAUUUAAAGAAAUUUCUCAAAGAUCAUUGGUACGUUUGUUAGAUUUGUUUAGGAAAAAAUCAAAUUCAUAGGAAAACCUACGACACUUGCAUGGUAAAUGCUCCGUGUAAUUGAAUAGGUUAAUAACUCCCAUGACAUGUCUGGUAAAAAUACCAAAAUGUAUAUUGUAUUUUAUCUUUUAAAAUAAAUAUGUAUCUCAUGGA